UGUAUCAAGUAUUUUUUUAGGUAGAUGUAUCAUAUACAAGUAACAUACGAUUUUGAUACAAUGGUGACACAAUUCUAAAACAAUUGUGAUACAUUUGUCAUACAAUUAUCAUACAAUUCCUGAAACUUCGUUUUGUUUGAGUUUCAAUCUGAAAUUUUACCUAAACCCAACUUUAAACUUAACCAAUUUCCCUCAAAUUUGAGAUAUAAACUACAAGAUUCUCCAUCAUUUGCAAGAACACCCAAUCCAAAUAAAUCACAAAUUCGUAAAUCCCGAAUAUUGAAUUCAAUGUUUCGAAUUUUGUUAAUGGAUAUCAAUGGAGAAUCCUUUGCUGCUGCAAUUUUAGAGACAAGAUUUUUGCCAUUUUCGUCUGCAUUGUGAGAGAAGUACCGCUUUUGGGUGAUAAGUAUGAGGGAGAGAGAAUGGGGUGUGAAAUCUUUUGAAAAAUAAAUGAAAUUCGAAUUUUUAGGAGGACGAUUGGUAAAGGAGAAUGAGAUGCUAAAUUUAAGGAAUCUUCUAUUUUCUUCUUUUUUUAUGAUUUUGUACGUAAAUGGUAAAUAUUAGAUAUAGAAUGUAGUUAAGUACCAACCUAAAUAAAGUGGUAAAUAAGUUUCUAUUAUAACAUAGCUAGGUAAAUUUCACCAAUGAAAACUUUAGAAAAGGCCAGUGUAUAGAACACCAAAAUCCAUGGAAGCCCAUAUUAAUUUGAAGCCUGGUAGAUGCUCUUGCCAAAUGGGCACCAUCAAUGUGUGAUAGAUAGCGGUACAAUAGCAAAAUUAGAAAUUUCACUGAUAAUGUUCAAGUUUUAAUAUUUAUGUAUAACAAGUGGAGUAACUUUUAAGUUAUAUACGCACUAUAUAGAUUUUCUUAUAAAUAAAGUAUAAUCAUACAAUGAAGGGUGUUCGACUAACUACCCUUCGGUAUAUGUGGUUCCAUCAUAAGUUUGGGAUUUUAUUAUAUUUUUCUUUUGGGGAGGUUUGCUUCUUUGACUUAAUGAAUUUUCGAAAAAAUACUCCACAUAAAGAAGAGAUUUCUCAUGCAGUUGGCCUCAUGACCGCUUAGAACUUACUGAACAUUGACAACAAUAACAAUAACAAAUUCAAUAUAAUCCUACACAUGGAAUAUUGGGUACACAGAAAUUAUCCCUACCUUACAAAGAUAGAGAGGUUGUUUCAUAUGGCGCAUAAAACUCUUUCACCAUACCCUACAUGUUACAGUGGGACCGGAUUUAUUUCUUCUUUUGUGAGAUUGAUUAAUGACCUUGGUUUUAAAAUUUUAUUACCUUUUCAGUACCGUUAUUUCUCUAAUAGAAGAAUACUUUGCAAAUGCAGUAGCAAGAGGAUUCUCUCCUUGGCCAAACUAAUAUAGGAGCACAUCAAAAUUCUUACCAAAUUUGCAUCGAUAAAAAAUUUAUUUCUUGGAAUUUAAAAUCCAAAAAAAUAAUAAUAACAGCUUCGAGUAGCAAAAGUUGCCAUAUUUAUUGGAAUCAAAUAAUAAACUUCCAUACGUGAAAAUCUCCCAAAAUGGUUGAGACCCUUUGUUCAUUUGGUUAAUUAUUAAAUUCUAAGACUGAUACAAUCUAAGACCAAAUGAAUUUGAUUUUAAAAUGGUAUUAUAAAAUACUACUACUAUAUAAGAGAAUCUUUAGAUCAUUCACUCAUUCAAAAGCUUUUUUUUCUCACCAAUGGAGUUUUAUCAAACAUUAAAAUGCAAUCAUUUGGCAAAAGUACUGGUCGUUUUGACAUGGGGAAUGCUAUGCCUUAGAGCAGCGGAAUGCAGUGAUGAUACUGCAGGAUCAGUGGACUAUGAAGCAAUAAACUGUAGAAAGCACACUGCAGUUUUGACAGAUUUUGGAGGCAAAGGAGAUGGAUAUACGUCAAACACAGAGGCUUUUAGAAGAGCAAUUAGUGAAUUGAGCAAAUUUGCAACAGAUGGGGGAGCACAGCUCAUUGUUCCUCCUGGGAAAUGGCUAACAGGCCCUUUCAAUCUCACUAGCAAUUUUACUCUUUAUAUACACCAGGAUGCUGUCAUUCUAGCUUCUCAGGAUGAGGCAGAGUGGGAUUUAAUUCCACCAUUGCCAUCUUAUGGAAGAGGAAGAGAUGCUGCAGGACCAAGGUUUAUAAGUCUCAUCUUCGGAACAAACUUGACUGAUGUAGUCAUUACAGGUGGAAAUGGGACGAUAGAUGGUCAGGGUCAACAGUGGUGGACUAAAUUUUGUCAAGGCCAAUUGAACUACACGCGACCUUACCUCAUUGAGAUCAUGUUCUCCGAUCAUGUCCAGAUUUCCAAUCUUACCUUGAUCAACUCUCCUUCGUGGAAUGUUCAUCCAGUUUACAGCAGUUUUGUGGUGAUCAAGGGAUUAACAAUCCUUGCACCAACUGAUUCACCAAACACAGAUGGGAUUGACCCAGAUUCUUGUUCAAACACCAGAAUUGAAGAUUGCUUCAUAGUCUCAGGGGACGAUUGUAUAGCAGUGAAAAGUGGUUGGGAUGAAUAUGGAAUAGCAUUUGGAAUGCCUACACAGCACCUAAUCAUAAGAAGACUUACCUGCAUAUCUCCUGAUAGUGCAGUCAUUGCUCUUGGAAGCGAAAUGUCCGGUGGCAUUCAAGAUGUUAGAGCUGAAAACAUUACAGCAAUCAGUUCUGAAUCAGGUGUUAGAAUCAAAACUGCUAUAGGAAGAGGGGCAUACGUUAAAGACGUGUUUGUGAAAGGAAUGACAUUGCAGACAAUGAAAUAUACCUUUUGGAUGACAGGCGAUUAUGGGUCUCAUCCUGAUGAUCAUUUUGAUCCAAAAGCACUUCCUGUCAUUCAGGGAAUUAAUUUUAGGGACGUUGUAUCUAAGAAUGUUACAAUAGCAGGGAAAUUAGUGGGGAUAAAAGAUGAUACCUUCAGCGGAAUUUGCAUUUCAAAUGUGAGCAUCGAGUUGUCAGAACAUGCUAAGAAACAACCAUGGAACUGCAGUGAUAUACAGGGGGUUUCUAGUCAAGUGAGUCCUCAGCCGUGUGCUCUGUUGCCUGAUCAGAAAAUUGAUUGUCCUUAUCCCAGUGAUAAAUUGCCUGUUGAUGAGAUUCAGUUCCAGACUUGUGCUGCAGCUACUUACUGUUGAGUAAAAGAUAGAGAGACAUCCAGCUAGUCUCUUGUUCUUGUUAUGCUUCAAAGUUUUGGAACCAUUUUGAUUUUUAAUUAAACAACAUUUGCUCCAGUACAUGUUUUCCAGUCUUCUGGUUAAAAUCAAGUUAUAGAUGUUACCUCAAAUGCUUCACUCUUGGACUUAGUGUCCUUGAGCAUACAUUGGCAAGUAAUCUUUGAAAGGACUAAAAGUAGCCAUAGUAGCUGUUGGGACAGCAAUUAGAUUAGCUCCUUGCAUCAGGUUUAUUAUAAUCUUCUAGAUACUAGCGGCAUAAAGCUGUAGCUUUUAAUUCACUAAUAUCCUUAUAUUUCCUGCCAUUUAUCAGUUGUCAGCCAUUGAUGUCUGUACCGCAAUUAGUCCCAUUUCAGAUCAUCUUUGUAGUUCAUACUUUAAUACAAAAUUGCUGGAAUUGUUAGGGGUACUGAAAUACCUUUGCAUCUCAUAAUUACAAACAUAUUCUGACGUGCACUGCUUAAUUCCACUUUUAGUUGACUGGCAUUAUACACAAAUAGCUGAUCUUA